GAGCAGCGGCCGCUCUGGUCGGCGGACGUGCUGCCGAGCAGUCCCGGAAGCGAAGCAGCGAUGGCGGAGAGUCCGACUGAAGAGGCGGCGACGGCGACGGCAGGCGCCGGGGCGGCGGGCCCCGGGGCGAGCGGCGUCGCUGGCGUUGUUGGCGUUAGCGGCGGCGGCGGCGGCGGCGGCUUCGGGCCGCCUUUCCUGCCGGAUGUGUGGGCGGCGGCGGCGGCGGCGGGCGGGGCCGGGGGGCCGGGGAGCGGCCUGGCUCCGCUGCCCGGGCUCCCGCCCUCGGCCGCUGCCCACGGGGCCGCGCUGCUUAGCCACUGGGACCCGACGCUCAGCUCUGACUGGGACGGCGAGCGAACCGCGCCGCAGUGUCUACUCCGGAUCAAGCGGGAUAUCAUGUCCAUUUAUAAGGAGCCUCCUCCAGGAAUGUUCGUCGUACCCGAUACUGUUGACAUGACUAAGAUUCAUGCAUUGAUCACAGGCCCAUUUGACACUCCUUAUGAAGGGGGUUUCUUCCUGUUCGUGUUUCGGUGUCCACCCGACUAUCCCAUCCACCCACCUCGGGUCAAACUGAUGACAACGGGCAAUAACACAGUGAGGUUUAACCCCAACUUCUACCGCAAUGGGAAAGUCUGCUUGAGUAUUCUAGGUACAUGGACCGGCCCAGCCUGGAGCCCAGCCCAAAGUAUCUCUUCCGUGCUCAUCUCCAUCCAGUCCCUGAUGACUGAGAACCCGUACCACAAUGAGCCUGGCUUUGAACAGGAAAGACAUCCAGGAGAUAGCAAGAACUACAAUGAAUGUAUCCGGCAUGAGACCAUCAGAGUUGCAGUCUGUGACAUGAUGGAAGGAAAAUGUCCUUGCCCAGAGCCCUUACGUGGGGUGAUGGAAAAGUCCUUUCUCGAGUAUUACGACUUCUAUGAGGUGGCCUGCAAAGAUCGACUGCACCUUCAGGGCCAGACCAUGCAGGACCCUUUUGGAGAGAAGCGGGGCCAUUUCGACUACCAGUCCCUCUUGAUGCGUCUGGGACUGAUUCGUCAGAAAGUGCUGGAGAGGCUCCAUAAUGAGAAUGCAGAAAUGGACUCUGAUAGCAGCUCGUCUGGGACAGAGACGGACCUGCACGGGAGCCUAAGGGUCUAGGCCCUACUCCGCUCUCCCCUUCCCCCACUCGAGAGUCCGAGAGUCCGGCAGAGUCCCUUCCCCCGACCCCAGGGAAGGAGAGGCUCUGCGUGUCUCCCUCCAAACGUGACGUCAUCUGCAAAAUGGCAGCAGCCAAGCAAGCUCAGAUCCCGGGGUGCGGGAGUGGGGGGUAUUCCCUGACUGACCUCCUUGGCGCCAGAACGUCCGGGGCUGUCUGUCCCGUCGGGCCAAGGUGCCUGUCCAGGAGCACCCAGGGUGAGGGCCUCUGGAAACAGCGCAACAACCGACACACCUCACCACGGGGCCCGCUCCUUCAGGACAGGUCGGAGACAGAAAUUGUAAUUCCAGGAGGGGGAUUGCCCAGGUGAUUGAUGGGACUUCUGGAAACGUGGGGUGGGGGCGCUGUGUGGGACACAUAGAGCAGUCUGGUGGUCGUCUCUCCAUCUUCAGCCCUGAGGCCAGGCUUCCUGCUGCCCUGCUCCUCCCUGCCUCUCCCCUCCUUUUUCGCACGGGCCAGCAUAAUUUUUUUCCUAAUUUAUAGUCACUGUUCUAGACAGACCAAAGAGCAGGAACAGUGGUGGAGUCUAGGCUGCUGAUGAGUAAGCUUUACCUGGCACCUGAGCACCUUUAUCCCCCGCCCCCGUCCUCAUCCUCUCACGAUGUAAGACAGAAGGUAAAAGUGAUUCAGCCUGAACCAAGGCACCGCAAGAAGCUGAGGAUCCUUUUUGUUCCCGCAAUCACGGAUUUGAAAAGCCUCCACCAUGGGCAGCUGCCCUGUGUGGGAUUGUGGCCACUACACAGAAUGGUCUCCUGCAGAUUUUCCUAAAUACUGGUCACCACAAGGGCAGUUCUCUUGGGGUGAGAUGCAGGGAAGAGACCAAUGCUCUUCCUUACUGUGUUCCGUUUAGUUGUCCUGUGUCCCCCAGCUCAUAGUCUCCCAUCCUCAUUUCAGCCCCCAGGGAUUUGAGGCACACAAGGGUAACCAGACAGCAAAAGGGGAUUGGGGCCGAGACUGGCGACUGCGCCCCUUCCCCCAGCUGCUCUUUGUGACUGGCUGCAGCGGGUGUCUGCCUGGCUGUGUUGCUUCUCUACUUAGCUGCCGUGAUCCUUUAGCUGGUUGGCUCAAAAAACAAAUGUGCUUUAGGUGCCCUGUCAUACUGGGCACCAGGGGAGUCCAUCCUUGCCCCGUUUGAUGGUUUCUCCCCACACUUCUAGAUUCGUAACUGUUAGGGCUCCAGAUAUGACGCAGGGCCUCAGUCAGUACUCAGCCAUCAUGCAGCUGCUGUCAGAAGGCUGCUCUGAAGGUCUUAGCCUUGUAGGUGAGGGGACUCUCCUAGCAUAAAGGAAAUGUCCUUGGAAGGGCAGGAAGCCAUGAAAUUGGACAGGGAGUGGUGGGCUUGGGGAACAGGAGUCUGAAGGCUGGGUCUCCACAGGGACUCAGAGAGGGACCCUGCUUCCAGCUUCCUUCCAUCCCUGUAGCUAGGCUGGGGCCAAGAAGAAUACCCUCAGUCUGUGGGUCCAGUGUUGUCUCAUUCAUGUAAGUGUUCCCACUUUGAAGUGACAAUCCUCUCCUUGGCCCUACUGUGGGGCAGAGUGCGUCUGGCAUAGCAGCCUGACUUUAACGCCCUAACCCUGAGUUUAGGAAAUGAAUGCACAGGAGUCCAAGAGAUGUCUUUAUAUCUGACUGUACAUAAAUGAAGUUCUUUUUUCUUUUUUUGGUGCAAUAAAGUUUGUUUUGGCAGAA